CAGAUGAUGUUUGACUAUCUGUAUCGCAAACACAUAACCUUCAGUGAAGGCGAGGAACUGUUUGGGCUUCCCAAGACAGAAGAGCCAGAGUUUCUUAAAAUUCGUAAAGAGCUGAUCCUGCUGCAGAAGUUGUACGGCCUGUACACCAACGUCAUGACAACCAUUGACAAUUUCAAUGAUCUA